AUGUGUGAGGCUCCCAGGCAACCCCACGAGGCCCCCAACGUCGCCGCCUGUCUCGAGGAAAAUCGGAAAAUCCUCGAAUCGAUCUACCACCUCCACGGCGAGGCCCCUGGCGGCGUCGCGGGUGUUCUUGAAGGAAAAUAUCUCGCGCAACUCCAGAAAACCCGUGCGUUAGCCGCCCAGCUCGAGGGUGAACGCGCACGAGUGCGGGAGCUAUACGCCAAACUCGAAGAAAAAGGAGGAGCGGGAGGUUCGUCGGAAGGGCGCGCCCUGAAGGCGGAGGAGGGGGCCGCGGGGUUGAAAGAACGCCUUCAACGCGCCCACGCGCAGCUCCGAGAGCGGGAUCGCCAGGCCGUCGAGCAAAAACGCGAAAUCCACCAACUCCGCCAGCUCCUCGCGCGGGAGGUGGGGAAGAGCAUGGAAGAGGUGAACGCGUGGAUUCGAGGGAUGGGCGUUGUGAACGAAGGGGGGGAAACCCCCACACCAGGAGGAGGGGGUUGGCGAGGUCGCGCGGAGCAGAUCGUUCUCCUGCAAGUCAAGGUGAAAGACCUCGAACGGAGGCUCAAUGAGGACGGCAAAGGCGACGGAAAGGAAAGGGAAAAGGAAAAAGAUCGCGUCAAAGACGUCGACGCGGAGGCGCGGGAUCGCGUGGCGUCGAUCCACGGCCGUCGACUUCGCGCGGCGAGGGAACUCGCGGCGGAGCUCGACGCCGCCCGCCGCUCCUUGGAGGAGGGAAAGAUGAAACACCUCGCCCUGCAAGCUCGAUACGGAACCGUUCAGCAAGAAUGCUCGCAACUCCGCGCGCAUCUCUCGCUCCUUCUUGAGAAAAGUCGCCGCGACGACGAGCUGAUCGAGCGCUACCGCGAAGAGCGGAAGGAAACCAAACCCCCCCCUUCCCGCCCUCGACCACCCCCUGCCCGAACGGACGAAAAGAAAAACGACCAAAGCGAUGCGAAUGUGGAAAAAUCGAAAGAAACCACCUCCACCGCGCAGGCGCGCGUUCUCUUCGGGCUGCAGGAGAUGAACGUGGAUCUUUUAGAGCGGAAUCGCAUCCUGGAGGAGCACCUCCUCGCCCUCACCCUGAAUGAAGAAAAAGAGCAAGACGAAAAUGAAAGUGGCGAGAGGGCGGUGAAAUCACGCGCGUUGCUUCUUACGUGGGUGAUGGAGGCGUGUGGGGCGCUUGGGGGCGCCCGCGACGGCGAUUCCACCCCCCUUCGCGAGGAAAACAGCGAGGAUUUAAAUGCGCGGGAAACGGAUGGAAAUCCUUCGCGUGAAAGUCGUUUGAACGACGAAGAUAAGGAACGGGAAAGAAAUCGUCUCCUGACGGGGGUCUCGCCGCGGGCGGUGGCGGCGGUGCUCCACCACGCCUGUGCGCACGUCGCCUUUGUGGAGGAGCAGGCGUUACGACGGGAGCCCCUCGAACGCGUUUAUCGCGGAUGGGUUGAAAAAAUCCGCCAGGAAUGGGAAAAAAAAGGAGGAGGGGGGGGGGAGGGCAUUCCAUAG